AUGAUCAAUGUUAAAGAUCGGUAUUUCAGUUUGAAUCGACUUCUCUUGCAAGCAGUCGGUUUAUGGCCUUAUCAGAAUUCGAAACUCGGCCGACUUCAGUUGCAUUGUAUUUAUACUAUCUUGGUAACUGGUAUUAUAUUUCAGCUUACACCAAUUUUGACUAUGGAACGUACUACCGAUCUUUACAUCAAAAUGUUUUCUGUUGCUUCCGCUUCUAUUUGCAUGACGAUAAAAUACAAUUCGUUUUACGUUAAUACCAAAAAUCUAAAGUAUUUAAUGGAAAAACUUCAAUAUGUUUGUCACAAUCUGGAAAACAAUGAAUUGACCAUCAUGGACAAAUACGGAGACAUUGGUAGACGUCAAACGGCUAGACUUACAAUGUUUUUUGUUAGUGCUGCAGUUAUUGUGUUGGUCAGUCCAGUAGUGUCAACUACUUUUCACAUGAAUUCAUCGGUAAACAUGUCUUACGAAGAUAAAUAUAAGGAACUUGUUCUUACUGAAUAUUUUAUCGAUNAAGACAAAUAUUUCUAUGUCAUAUUAGUGCAUAAAGCCGUAGCUUUGGGACUAGGAUCAUUUUCGUUGCUUGCAACAGCUGGGACGCUUAUUGCAUCUUUUUAUCUUGCUUGUGGAAUGUUUAGAAUUGCCAGAGACAUGUGA